CCGGGCGGAGCGGCAGCGGGAGCGCCGAGGGGGGGGGCGGCCCAUGGGGCCGUGAGCGAUCGGUUCGGCCCGGCUCGGCUCGGCUCGGCUCGGUUCCACCCGGCCCGGCCCGGCCCGCAGACAGCCCCGCGGAGCCAUGGACGGACACGCGGGUCCGGGCGCGGGCGGCGAGGAGCCGCUGAGCUCCGGCAGGAUGAACGCCAAGCGCGGCGGGCGCGCCGCGGAAGAGGAGAGCCGGAACAAGCCCAAGCUGAAUAUUCAAAUAAAAACUUUGGCAGAUGAUGUGCGUGACAGAAUCACAAGCUUCAGAAAAGCAGCUGUGAAGAAAGAGAAGCCUCUCAUUCAGCAUCCUAUUGACUCUCAGCCUUCCAUUAGUGAGAUCCCACAUGCCCAGGCACUUGUUGAUGAGCGCUGCAUGAACUUAUCAGAGAAAGAAGUUAUGGAUCUCUUUGAAAAAAUGAUGGAAGACAUGAACCUGAACGAGGAACGUAAAGCUCCUUUACGAGACAAAGACUUGAGCACAAAACGUGAGAUGGUUGUCCAGUACAUUUCUGCAACUGCCAAAUCCAUAGUCGGAAGUAAAGUUCCGGGGGGACUAAAAAACAGCAAGCACGAAUGUACCCUGUCCUCACAAGAAUAUAUCCAUGAACUGCGCUCUGGAAUUUCAGAUGAAAAACUUCUUAAUUGCCUGGAGUCCUUGAGAGUGUCUCUAACCAGCAACCCAGUCAGCUGGGUUAACAAUUUUGGACAUGAAGGACUUGGGCUUCUGUUGGAUGCAUUGGAAAAGCUUCUGGACAAGAAACAGCAGGAAAGUAUUGAUAAGAAGAAUCAACAUAAACUUAUCCAGUGCCUCAAAGCAUUUAUGAACAAUAAAUACGGUUUGCAAAGGAUUCUAGGAGAUGAAAGGAGCCUCUUGCUGUUGUCAAGAGCAAUUGAUCCAAAGCAACCACACAUGAUGACUGAGACAGUGAAAAUCCUUUCUGCUAUCUGCAUUGUUGGAGAGGAAAACAUCCUGGACAAGCUUUUAGGUGCUAUAACCACAGCUGCUGAGAGGCACAGCAGGGAGGAACGUUUCUCCCAGAUUGUGGAAGGCCUGGAGAACCACGAGUUCAUCCAGCUGCAGGUAGCAUGUAUGCAGCUCAUCAACGCCCUUGUUACAUCUCCUGAAGAUCUUGAUUUCAGGAUACACUUGAGAAACGAGUUUUUACGUUGUGGCCUGAAGAAAAUAUUGCCCGCCUUGAAAGAAAAGGAAAAUGACGAGCUUGAUAUUCAGCUGAGGGUGUUUGAUGAGAACAAAGAUGAAGACCACUUUGAACUGUCACAUCGUCUCAAUGAUAUCAAAGCUGAAAUGGAUGAUGUGAGCGAAGUAUUUCAUCUGCUGUACAAUAUGGUGAAAGAUACUUCUUCUGAAAAUUACUUCUUGUCAAUUCUCCAACAUUUCCUCCUGAUCAGGAACGAUUACUAUGUCCGACCUCAGUAUUACAAGAUCAUAGAAGAAUGUGUGUCACAGAUAGUGCUGCACUGCAGUGGCAUGGACCCAGAUUUUAAAUACAGAGGAAGGAUGGACAUCAAUUUUACACAUCUUGUUGAUGCCUGUGUGGACAAAGCUAAAGUAGAAGAGAGUGAAAAGAAAGCAGCAGAAUUUUCCAGGAAGUUUGAUGAAGAGUUCACAGCUCGACAAGAGGCACAAGCAGAGCUGCAGAAACGAGAGGAGAAAAUCAAAGAACUCGAGACAGAAGUCAAACAGCUCCGGACCCAGGGUCCAGUUCUGACAGAAGUCCCAGGAAUACCUUCAGCCCUCCCAAGUGAGAACGUCCCACCAUCUCCAGCGCCUUCACUCCCUGGUGGAGCCAUCCCUCCUCCUCCUCCUCUCCCUGGUGCAGCCACAAUUCCUCCUCCUCCUCCGUUACCUGGUGCAGCAACAAUUCCUCCACCCCCUCCCCUGCCAGGUGGAGCAACAAUUCCUCCACCACCUCCCCUUCCUGGAGGAGCAGGAAUUCCUCCACCACCUCCCCUGCCGGGAGGAGCAGCAAUCCCUCCCCCACCUCCAUUACCUGGUGCAUCCUUUCCCCCAGCGCCCCCUCCUCUGCCAGGAGGAGCCAUCCCACCGCCCCCUCCUCUGCCCGGCGUGCCCCCACCUCCCCCUCUGCCCGGGGCAGCAGGGCCCCCUCCUCCUCCUCCUCUGCCUGGAGGAGCAGGGCCUCCUCCUCCUCCUCCUCUGCCCGGGGGAGCAGUCCCUCCCCCGCCGCCUUUCGGGGGUCCCCCCAUGCCACCCCCUCUGGGAGGGGCUCUCUUUGCUCCCUUCCCCGCGGUGCCAGCGUUGCCACACGGGAUGAAGGAGAAGAAGAAGUACAAGCUGGAGGUCUCCAUGAAGAGAAUCAACUGGUCAAAGAUCGAGCCUCAAGAAAUAGGAGAAAACAGCUUUUGGGUAAAAGCUGAAGAAGAUAAAUUUGAAGACCCAGAGCUGUUUGCAAAAUUGGCACUUACCUUUGGAACCCAAAUGAAAGCCAAAAAGCCUGUAGAAGAAUCAGAAGAAAAGAAAGCAGCUCAGUCAAAGAAGAAGAUCAAAGAAUUAAGAGUUUUGGAUGGAAAAUCUGCACAAAAUUUAUCAAUAUUUUUGGGUUCCUUCCGUUUGCCUUACGAAGAAAUAAAAAAUAUCAUUUUAGAGGUUGAUGAGGAGAAGCUGAGUGAAUCCUUGAUUCAGAACCUGGUGAAGAAUCUUCCUGAGCAGAAAGAACUCAAUGCCUUAGCUGAAUUAAAAGAUGAAUACAACGAUCUCGCCGAGCCAGAGCAAUUUGGAGUUGUGAUGAGCUCGGUGAAGAUGCUGCGCGCGCGCCUCAACGGGAUCCUGUUCCGGCUGAUGUUCGAGGAGCACGUCAACAACAUCAAACCCGACAUCAUGGCCGUGACCCUGGCCUGCGAGGAGCUCAAGAAGAGCGAGAGCUUCAGCAAGCUCCUGGAGCUGGUGCUGUUCCUGGGCAACUACAUGAACUCUGGCUCCAGGAACGCCCAGUCUCUGGGCUUCAACAUCAGCUUUCUGUGCAAGAUCCGAGAUACAAAAUCAUCAGAUCAGAAAACCACCCUGCUGCAUUUUCUGGCAGAAAUCUGUGAGGAGAAUUACCGGGACAUCUUAAAAUUCCCAGAUGAACUGCAGCACGUUGAGAGUGCAAGCAAAGUUUCAGCCCAGACUCUGAAGAGCAACCUUGACUCGAUGAACCAGCAGAUCCAGCGGCUGGAGAAGGACAUUGAGAACUUCCCUAAGACCCAGGAUGAGCACGAUAAGUUUGUAGAGAAGAUGAGCAGCUUUGCUGAGAGUGCCCGAGAACAAUAUGAAAAACUGUCCAACAUGCACAACAACAUGACAAAAUUGUAUGAAAAUUUGGGAGAAUACUUCACCUUUGAUCCCAAGGCAAUAAGCAUAGAAGAAUUCUUUGGUGAUCUGAGCAACUUCAGAACUCUGUUUUUGGAGGCAUUAAAAGAAAACAACAAAAGAAGAGAACUGGAGGAGAAAACCAAGAGGGCCAAGCUGGCCAAGGAGAAGGCAGAGCGCGAGAGGCUGGAGAGGCAGAAGAAGAAGCAGCAGUUGAUUGAUAUGAACAAAGAGGGUGACGAGACAGGAGUGAUGGACAGCCUGCUGGAGGCCCUGCAGUCGGGAGCGGCUUUCAGGGACCGCAGGAAACGAACGCCGCGCGCGCCAGAUCAGACGUGAAAGAGCUCCUCGAUCAAAAUUUGGUUUUUUCCCUAUCUUGAGAAGUAUCAUUAUGAGAGAUGGUUUCUCUCUAUUGUGACUUGAGGAGACAUUUGUCACCAAGUGGUAACAAAGCAAAGCUUCCCAGGGACCAGAGGAGAUUGGACAAAAUCUGCUGCAGCUGAGAAAGCCGAGAAGAGAAUUGAACCUGGGUCAAAACCAGGGAUUCCUCAGCAAAAAUAGGGGACACAGCUAAUUAAAAUUCCCUUUGACUGAUCUUCUGCUUUAUGUAGUUACUUUGACGUCUGUGUUUGGAAUUUCAUUGAGUCAGGUGAUAUUCCAGUGGGGCCUGGCUUUUAAAUUUAAGGAGCUGAGUGAGAAAAGGACUGGGUCUUCAAUUCCAAACUCUGGCCAACUGUAAGGGUUCUGUAAGAGAAGGAAGCCAUAAAGUAAAAUUUCCAGGGGUAAGAAUUGAGAAUAGGAUGCAGUAAAUGUUAAUCCUGAUCAAAUAUCUCAUUGCAACUUGCAUGUAAAUUUUCUCAUGAGGUUUAGAAACAUAGGUGACAUCUAGUGAGAAACUUGUCUGCACACCAGAAGGUGCCUAAAAAUGUGGCUGUGACAUUUCUGAGCAGUGAACUACAGCAUGAAAAUCCUGGGACCACAUUUACAACCUUCCACAUCUCUCCUUCAAAAAAGGAGCAGUGACAGUUCCCUCUCUGGUGCCACUCUGUCCUGCCAGUGAGAUUGGAGCAAUUAAUUCCAUGCCUCUUGUGGUUCAGUGGAAGGAGGAAAAAAGGGAAAUAAAAGUCCUGGGAAGGAGAGAUUGGGGGUUUUCUGGGCUUGCUGGGACGUGUGGUUGUGACUGGCAGAUGGAAUAAUUCUGUCUGUGGCAGGGAACAGUACAGGGGUUUUCAUGGGAAAAAAAUAAAUACAGGUGUUGCUAUUUCCAAAGUUAGACUUGUCCAGCAGAGUUUUGGUUUUGAACUUGUCUUGGUUACACAUUAUGUCUGAGAGGAAAAUCCAUUAAUAGUUCUCUUCCUUUUUGGACACAGAUCUCAUUUUUUUCUGUGUCAGUUGUGGUUGUAGUUUAGCAAGGAGAAAAAACAACUUCUGCUUGCUUAUUUUUUGUAGUUUUGUUAAUUCUUUAAGGCGGCCCUUAAAGAAAGGCAAAAAAACCCAUCCAAACCCCUAAAAAACCCACAAAGAAAAUGCCCCCAGAACCACUGAGCACUACAGUAGGUUCACUUCUGUACACUUUUCAUGUGUGUGCUCUACAUCUGUCUUUUUCCAAACUUGCUUAUUCUGUUUGCAUCUUCUCGUGGUGAAAAUUAAAACUGAGGAGUUUCACACCCUCACAGAGGCUGCAAUCAGAAGGUCAUGGAAAUUGAGCUUUUGUUGUGUUUUCUUCCAGGAAAUUUAACUCAGAAGGAGCAAUCUAUAGUGUCACUUCUAGUGGCAUUUCUGAUCAGUUUAGCUCAAACCCCACAACUUUGCAAAUAAAAAAAAAAAAAAAACAAGCCAAAAAAACCCAACCUCUGUGUGUGUUCCCUGUGGCUUUAGAUGAGUGGGCUGGGAGAGAUUAAUUAAUUUGGAUAACAGAGCUCCAAUUACUACAAAGGGGUGUUAUUCCACCUCUUCAAUUUGCCUUUUUUACAGGGGUUGCUGCUGUACCUUGUAGAAUAUUUGUGCUUACAUGGUCAUGCCUUUAAAAUAAUUUCUUUCCAACUAAUUUCCAGUCCUGGGCAAGAGGUGCAGAAGGGAAGAGAGGGAUUGCUCAACAUUGCAGUGUUCCUGCUGGGAAAAAAUCAGACGGUGAAAUGUACAGCCAGGUUCAGAAAAAUAAAACCCAUUUUAAAUGUGUUUCACUGCAUUCUGUUUGUUUGCUAAGGCUGGAAAUGAAAAGCUACACUUUAAUGGGCUGCAUUACAACCCCAGAUUUUUCCAGUAAAAAUGGUUUUGUUAUCAGGUCAUGGAAGUAAUAAUAAUAAAUUCCUGCCCCCCUCCUCUGGUUUUACAUUUCACUCCACUCCUGUGUGUUCUUGCUGCUGUAGAUUUCUCAAUGUGCAGGAACAUUUUGUGGUUCCUCUCUCCUGAGCUCAGCACUCCACUUUAUUGUUUCUAGCCACUGAAUUUUAAGGAGAGAGAUUUUCCUUUCAGUGGAUUGCUUUGCUUAGAGAGGCUACAAAAUAAUAAUUAGCAAUCAGUUUCUAGAAAUGUUGGUUCCUCUUCCAAAAAUACACUUACAUUUUGUAAGUUUGCUAAUAUUGCUGUAAUAAAGAACAGUUUCAGGUGGCAUUUAUCACAGGGUGCUAUUAAAAUCUGCAUCCAGCACUGCUGCUGCACAAUAAUCCCUGCCCUUUCUCCUGGCCCUGGGCUAUGAAAUUAUUAAAAGAAGACCAAUUCAGGAAUAAUUUUUUCUCUAAAUUAGCUUAAGCAAAUUUCUGCACAGAGUUAACUAUUCUUACUAAGGUUCUUUCUAUUAAGUUUUGAAGAUUUUUGCCAUGGAAUUGUUUAACUUUUGCAAGAGGAAAAAGGACUUGUGGUAAUAGAGUUGUUGCUAUUUUUAGAUGAUUUUUUUUUUAAAUUUUCAUAUGGCAUUUAGACAAUUUAAUUUAAAAUAUGGGUUUAAGGAUGUGGAUGUUUGUCAUUGCAUCAGAAUUCUAAUAAAAGGUUAUUGUUUUAGGAAUAUUGUGUCUUCUGCUUGGAGAUACAGCUCUGCUUAAAGACUCACUUUUGCUAGUCUACCUUGCUAAAAUAAUUUUACCUUUGCACUGAUUAUAAUAAAUAAAAUCUGGAGGAUUAGUUUGGUUUCUGGGUGCACAAUUCUCAUUUACCUGAAGCACAUUCAAAUAAAAACCUUCAGUCAAAGCAAAUUUGCUUUCCCGAAAGCAUUGUCAGUCAUUCUGGAUGUGGCAGUUGUCUGAAUAAGCUGGGUUUUGAUGUGCUUGCAGCUGUGAAUUGGUGAGAAUAUCAUAAAUGUUAAAAUGCAAGGAGGUGGGAGGUGCACUGAAUUUGUGCUCAAUAAAAUGCCUUUCAGAGGAACAGAUCCUGUACAUUAAAAACCUGUUAUGAAGUUGGAAAUAUCUAUUAUGGGCCAUAAAAAAUCAGUCUUGAGUUUAGAAAUCGGUUUGUAUUUUAAACUUAUUCAACUUUUCAAACAUUUUUGCUUUUAGGAGCUGAGUUUUUAAAGGCAUGUUUGCUAUGCAGUUGUGUAAUGGAGGAUUUUUGCUUACAGUCAGGUGUUGUGGACUAAUGGGACUCACACAUGAUCCAAGUGCUUCAAAACUCCCACUUCUGCAAUAGCAAGAGCUAAACAAGAUCUCCACUAAUACAUUUACUCAUUUUGCUAUCAUGGCAUUAGUGUAGAUUUAAGUUUGCUUUUUAUUUCUAAAUAUAAAUAUGGGCACCAUUCCAAUAGAAUCUCAGCAAAUUACCUGAGUCCUGAGAGCUCCAUAAACAGUCCCAAAGCUGUUUAAAAAUAGGUAUUUGUGGUAUAAUCUAUUUUUACUGUGUCUGCAUUUGAUCUUAUGGCUUUUGUAAUUAAAGAAGUAGUUGCAUAAUACAUUUUUCUGGUGGCCUGGCAUGAAAGAAACAGCUUUAAUAUGGGGAGAUUUUACUUGGUGUCUCUGCCCAUGACAGGGGGUUGGAAAUAGAGGAUUUUUAAGGUCCCUUGGGUCACACUAUGACACGAAAUAACUCACAUACAGAUGCCAGAUGUAAAAGAGGGAAGAAAAGAACUAAAAAAUAACUUUAUUUUCUGACUCUGCUAUAUAUAGAAUAGCAAAAGUGACAGUGGAUUGGAAGGUGAAACUGCCACCUCUCCAACCACACUGGUCAAAUUAAUAGUCUGUUAAUUCUCUCUGCUUACAAAGAAGAAUGCAAAACAAUCGUUAUUUAUAUGAACAGUGUGAGGAAUUCAGCAAAAAUACGUAAAUAUCAGAAGGCAUAGAAAACUUUUCAAAGAACUUUCAAACUCUCAAAAGAACAAAACAACAGCCUUGCAGCCCAAACCUGAAUUCUUUGUGUUUUCAGAGAAAUUCUCCCUACGAGCAGGAUGGAGGAGAAGGGGACAGAGAGGGACUGGAGAGGUUCAGGUUGGGUGUUCCAGGUUUUUGGGGGGACACCAAAUUCCCUGGAGCAGGCAAGGAGUGAAGAGGCUCCAGCAACACCUCAGGACCACAGGCUGGGUGGACAGAAAGACAGAAAUUCAGGAAUUCUGUCUAUUUGCACAACUGCUUUCACCUCUGUAGGUGUUACCCAUCUCUGCAGAUGGAUUUGUUGUCUUUAAAAUCGAUUUUCUGCUCUUGGCAUGCAGGGAUUGUUCACAUGUUGACCUAGAGCAUGCCAAGUGUUUAUAAAUGUUUGGGGAGCUCCACAGACACAGAGAAAUGGGAUUGUGAGCUCUGGGCUUUGUAUCCAUCGUGCUGCUUCCUCUGAACCUGAGCUGCUAUUUGUUGUAUUCUUAUUUCCCAAUACAAGAGUUUUUCCUGAACUAAUGAAAAUGUGCCAUCAGGUGGCAAAGCCACGUGCAUUUUCUGCCAAAUGUCCUUCAGAAAGUUAUUGUGCUGUGUAAUUGUAACUAAUUACCUCAGUUUGUUGUUCAUCCAAAGCAUUUAAUUACUCACCCAGGCUGGGGAGAGUUCUGUACCCCUUGCUUUUGUUAGUGUGCUUCAGAGUGCAUUCAGUGCACUGGGAAAAGUUUUCCCUGUGAAGUUUCAGAGUAUUUCCCGAGUUUCAGCACUUUUAAAAAUCAGCACUGGUGUUACUUUACUCAUUGAAUUGCCCUAAGAUCCAAAAAUAGGAAAUUCUAAUUUUUUGUGCUUUUUGAAGUAAAAACCCACUGUCCAGGAGUGAUGAUGGGAGUUCCAUGGGAGCACUGGGGAUUCUUCAUGUGCAGCUUGUACCAGAGAACAUCUGAGCUUCAGAGAUGUGCAGAACUGUGCCAGGUGCUCCAGCCUUGAUACGGAGUGUUGUUUUUCAUUUUAAAUUUCCAUACAUUUAUUUAUUUAUAUUUAUUUCUUUACAGUUGUUUGUGUCUGUUUGGUCACAGGACUCUGCAGGAACCCAGAGCAGCCCUGGAGUCACACUCAGUGUUUGUUGUGGAGCUCCUUUCUCUUAGGGCUGAUCUGGCACAGCUGCCUCUGAACCUCCUAAAAGCCCUUAGAAAUCCAAAAACCAUUUUGAUGGUCUUGUGUUGUGAAAUAGAUUUAUAGAAAUAAAACAAAGCUUUUCUGAGAACCAGGGGAUUCCUCCCAGUAAGCAGAUUUGUGAGUGCUCCAGGUGGAGGCUGCCAAGGUCACAGAGCAGGAUUUUGUACAAGUUGGAAAGCCCUCACUAUUCUGAAUUUAUUUAUUUUUUAAUUCACACUGAAUCUGAAAACUGUUCUAUUUUAAUGAGCUAUGUCCUGCUAGAUGGGAAGGCCUCCAUUUCCAGAGAUUGAUAGCUGAGUUCUGGCUGCAUCUUUAUGCAGUAGCUGAAGUUAGAGGAACUUCUUUCACAUGCACAGAAAGGAUAUUCAUGCAUUCAUUUACCAACUACAUGAGUAGUAAUGAACGAUAUGCAAGGCUAACUUAAUUUGCAUUUGGCCAUUUGAAUUUUCUUUGUCAGUGCUGACAGUGUUAUCAUGCAAUUAUUGUGAAACACUUCUAUUUGAAAAAUUUUCUCCCACAGUACUGUUUACUGAGGUAAAGCACAUUGGCUUUAAUAUUUUAAUAUAUAUACAUAAUGGAUGGAAA